AYUGUAGAAAUCAAACAAGCGAAAAUGACGGGACUUGCCAAUAAUUCAAGUGUCUCAAAGCCAAUGAUAAUGUUCCCAACUCUWCCUAAUGAUGAAAUAGAAGUGAUUGGGUCUACUGUCGUCUACAUAUUGCUGUGUCUUGCUAUUAUCUUUGGUAAUGGUCUGGUCAUUGCAGCCUAUCGCUACAACCACCGUCUUCAGACGGUCACAAACACCUUCCUUGUAGGACUAGCGGUGAGUGAUCUUCUCGUAGGUCUCAUCUCUGUUCCACUUUGGAUCUACUUCUCMGUGUGCCAGCAGUACAAGACUUGUACAAGGGACCCAGGGGUYAAUAUAUUCUAUGUUACCGCCGAUAUCUUUGUUGGUUGUGCGUCAGUGCUACAGCUCACAGCUAUGAGUAUUGAACGUUUCCUCGCUAUWACWCGUCCGAUUAUUCAUCGUACGUACUCAGCGAGGUUAUACACGACAAUGAUAAUUAUGGCCUGGUUAUACGCAUUCAUAAUGGCUAUCUUAUUCCCAGUACAGUACCAUCGAUGGCAAAAAGUUUACACKGUCAUUUUGGUCAGCACAUGUUUUGCRGCACCAACCAUCAUGAUAAUUGUUGUCUAUGUCAUGAUAUUCAAGGCGGCCAUGUUUUCAUCUGAAGUGCGCGUAAGCCCUGAAGGAUCCCAAAARCGCUCCUUGCAGCAAGAAGCUAAGAUUGCUGUCACUAUUGCYGUCAUUACGGGUCUCUUYGUGUUGGCAUGGCUGCCAUUUUUYGUCGUCAACGUGAUAGGGACAUUUAGUCCCGAGCGCUUUCCGAAGUUUCCCGAGGCGUUAAGRCUAUUUCGGUUUGUUAAAUGGAUGCAUUACAGUAACAGCGUUGUCAACCCGYUGAUUUAUGCUUACAGAAACAGAGAAAUGAGACGAACUUUCAUACGCAUUAUGCGCACUUUCUGYUGUUGCUCRUGCGUCGAGGAGUCGUUACCAAUGCAAAGUUUUAGCGUACAAAAACGCUCSCAAGCACAGAGAUCAAGUUUUAAAUCAGCCAAGAGAGACAUAAGCCUAACGAGAAACAUGGACAAAAACUCCAAUGUUGAAGAAACACCAUCCAGCCAAUUAAAUAACGCGAACAUGAAUCGAUUGUCCGAGCCUUUUGAAUCAGGAGUGCGGAUCGGUGACAGAAAUCAUGACAACAAUCACAAUAAAAGAUGUGUGACUUUUCAGGGAGUUGAAGUCAUUUGCAAAAAAGAUGGCAGUCAGCUAGUUAAUCAGGUCUAAAGAUUUGACCUGUAAGAUAAUUUCAGCAAAAAAUCUAAUGAUCUUAACAGUACUGAUGAUGCUGUAGAGCAGCGAAAGCUCGACUUCAUAAAAAGUCCAGUAUUUACCAUCUAACAGCAGUAUCAUCUGGGCGCUCGCAUUUGCUAUAUAUUACACUACUGAUGUUAUCAGUGAUGAAGUAGUCGUCAGUAGCUGUCAUCAAACCGGACAUUUCUGCAUUUAACUACAGUCUGCAGAUCGCUUGGUAAUAAUGUAAAAAAACGUUUACUAUUAACAUGGGAUGACAGUCCGGGAACCACAAAGAUCAAGGAUGAAUUACAAAGUAACACUGAUAUAACAAUGUUGUUGGCGACUACUACACAUUCAUAUGUUAUGAUAAUGGCAUCAUUGAUCGUUUUCAACCAUUCCCAUGAGAUUUAUAAGAUUAAAGACCGGCGGCCAUGUUAGAGAAAUGAACAAUAGAUACUGAUGCGAAAUCCUUUGUUUAAGCUCCUCCAAAAUGGUCGCUGUGACGUAACCUGAAAACUGAGAAUUCAGACAUUAUUUAGACAUAAAUUAGGGUCCUACGAUAAAACAAAUUCCGUCAAAAAAGRUGAUGGUCAAUGAUUGAUGCUAAUUGUAAUAAUAUAACGAUGUCAUCAAAGGCCCAAUUGCACCCACGACCUUUGCGGUCAUGCUUUUAAUAGUUAAUAUGUGGUUAAAAGCUGCUUACUGAUUGGUUCAAAAUCAAAGAUGGCGAAAUUUCGAAUGUUAUAGAAAAUCGCGCAGAUUCAAUCUUGGUUGCACGUGGGACUUUAACAACAACGAUUGUGAGUUACUAACUCUGGAUUGUGGCAGACAUCUUUAUAAUGAUACUUUAGAUACACUUAUGACUGUGACAAACCCACUGAUCACUCAGUACGUUGGUAUCCCGAGACCGAAGGCGACCAGGUCUGUUCGUUUAAUAACUGCACGUUCUUAAACGAAUUUUCUCCYGGGAAAGUGAUUUUUAAACUAGAAUUUUAAAUUGGGAAAAACCUUCCCUUACGGACAUUAAAGCACUUGAGUAUUUAAGAGAUACUCGGGAUUUUCCUUCAAAGGUCCUGAAAAGUUAUGGGAAAAGUUCCUAGAGCCUAUUCCUCUCCGCAUAUUUCUGAAUGUAUUAUAACUUUGCUGGCAAGCUUCCCCAGCUGUGACUUACAGCUGGCUGGGACAUAAGAACAGAUAUAUUUCUCACAGGAAACCGUCGGCUCCUUUUGGUUAUUGGCCGUGAUUUUUUCUAAAUUCAAACGUUUAAUUGGCUUUGGUUAUUUUUAUAGGGGGAGGGUAGGCUUGCACAGUAUUGAGUACAGUGCAUGCAGAAGGCAUACAUAGAGCGGAUUUCGUAUGACUGUGCAAAAGCACGGAUCACAACACGGACACGGCAGUGGCACGGU